AUGGCACAACAAUCUGCCGAACCAGGCGAUCCAGAUGUAUCGAAAAACGAGGAGUCUAGUCCUGACGAGGAGGAAGCGGUAGAAGAUGAUGACGAUGCCGAGACGGUCGAGGAUGAAGACACGGAGGAUGAUGAAGAGGAGGAGGAGCCCAAGUUGAAAUACGCUCGACUGACGAGUUAUCUCGCACCGGUGUAUCGCAAUGGAGACGCUACCAGUAUAUUCUUGGUUGCAGGCGACAAGAUGUUCAUUGGAACGCAUAAUGGCAAUAUCCACACUCUAUCUUUACCCUCCUUUCGGUCUGUUGGAACCUACCAUGCCCACUCCGCGUCCAUCACAGGCAUAUCAAUCUCGCCCUUCCCCCCUCCUCUCCCAGUCGCGGUCCCGGAAGGCGUCAGUCGGAUUACUUCGAAAGCUCAAGGGCUGAACAGGACCCCAUCUAUUGCCUCUGAGACAUCCAAGGCAUCUACAUACAGCCCUCGAGGCGCCCAACGAGCACAACCGGUACCCAACAUACCUUCAAAUGCUAUCUACAUUGCUACAUCCUCAAUUGACGGGAAAGUAUGUGUUGCAUCACUUGUAGAUCCAAAAGAUGUGCAGCUACGGGAUUUCGCACGUCCAGUGCAAGCUGUGGCUCUUUCACCCGAUUACAAGAAUGAUCGUUCGUACAUAUCUGGGGGAAUGGCUGGUAAUUUGGUGCUCACAACCGGUGGUCGAGCCGGUACAAGUACUAUGUCCACAACCACAGGGACAGCAUCAGCUGCUGCGUCUGGGUGGCUUGGCUCAAUCGGACUGGGUGCUGGUGCUGGCAAAGACACUAUCCUUCACUCAGGCGAGGGGACAAUCAGCACCAUCAAGUGGUCACUCACUGGGAAAUACGUGGUGUGGGUCAACGAGCAUGGUGUCAAAAUAAUGCGAUCAAAUCUUUACCUAGAUAGUGCUGAUGCCGAGUUUGCCUGGAAACGCAUAGGUCACGUCGAUCGACCACAGGACGCUGGAUGGGACGAAAUGGCCAGUGUGUGGAAAGGAAGGGUUGAGUGGAUAGACGAGAAAAGCUUAGAAACAGACGAAGACGACAAAGCGCGUGAAGCUGCAACAUCAUCUCCUGCUACGGCAAAGUUAAAACAGCAGACUUCGAAGAGCAAAAACAAAAUAGAGAAGCUACUCAUUGGCUGGGGUGGUACUAUUUGGAUCAUUAAUGUUCAUCCAGGUGGCCUCGGUAUUGGCAAAAAUGCUGGGGAACGAACUGUCGGGUACCCUGAAAUUAUUAAGAUUCUACGCAUGGACUGCAUUAUUUCCGGUUUGUCUUUAUAUACCCCAACAUUGCUACUUGUACUUGCAUAUAUCACUCCAGAAGAGGAUGACGAGGAGGAGGAAAAAACGACGCCAAAGAAAGGCCACAAGUCAAAAGUCUCAAACACUUCCACUGGGAGUGAACCGCGUGGCGGCAUUCGGCAUAGACAGAAUGCGUUGCAACCAGAACUUCGAUUAAUCGAUCUUGGAUCAUCACAGGAGGUGGAUACAGAUACACUUACCGUCAGUCGGUUCGAGAGACUUUCAGCAAGCGACUAUCACCUUGGUUUGCUUCCAGCGCCUCGUAUUCCAAAAGCAAUUCAAACUUCUCGUGGUGCUCUCGAGACCCUAAGCGGCAUGGGAAGCGGCAUGUGGAAUGCUACUGUUAAUGCGACAUCUCUGAUAAGCUCGGCUGCUAGUGUUCGAAGCACUGGUAGUAGUAAUUCCGACCUCAAGACAUCGAGCAUGGGAAGCACGUCUAAGAACAGAACUCCUAACCGAGCAAACAUUUCCCAUGAGCAUAUGGAAUCACUGGGUAUGAAAAUUUUCAUCCACAGUCCAUACGAUUGUAUUCUAGCCACCAAAAGAAAUAUAAGUGAUCAUCUCACUUGGCUGUUAGAGCGAGAAAGAAAUCAAGAAGCCUGGGAGCUGAUCGAUAAACACCCGGAAGCUGUCUCUUCUACUCCUAACAAAGUAGAAGAAUCUAGUCCGGUGACUCCUGAUCGGCAUCAAAGCAGCCAGGACGACUUUUUCGAUGAUAGCGCGUCAACUGUUGGCUCGUCGAACAAGAAUCUCAAUUCUGCUGUAGAAAAAGAAAAACGCCGCAUUGGUGAGUUAUGGAUACAGCAGCUUAUCAAGGCGGACGACUGGGUAGCUGCUGGAAGAGUAUGUGGUAAAGUUCUUGGUACCGCUCAACAGUGGGAAGAAUGGGUAUAUACAUUUGUUGGGGCCGACAAAUUUGACGAAAUCACAAGUUACAUUCCGACAACCCAAUUAAAACCACCACUUCCGUCUCAAAUAUACGAGGUUCUUCUCGGACAUUAUAUUGGUUGCAAUCGGCCGAAGGUUAAAGAGUUGCUCGAAAUCUGGCCACCAGAGCUCUUCGACAUUAGUAGCGUCAUAACUGUUCUUGAGAAUCAGCUCAAAUAUAGGGACGUUCGUGAAGAUAGUGUCGAAGAUGGACAAGUGGGAAGAGAUUGGAGAAUUGUUAUGGAAAGUCUUGGCAGGCUUCAGAUUGCCAAUGGUCGACCACGAGAAGCUCUCAAGUGCUAUAUUCGUCUUCAUGAUGCAGACACUUCCAUGGGUUUGAUCAAGGAUCAUCAUCUGGUAGAUGCUGUCACAGAUGAUAUCCCAGGACUGAUCUUACUUCGUGUUUCAAAAGAGCAACAGCGGUCGGCACCGUUGUCAGAACUCCGAGAUCUUACUGCAGAAGCCAUUGACCUGCUCGUUAAAGAAGCUCGUCAAGGAAUUGUCCGCCCUGAUGUUGUUGUUGAUCAACUGCAAGCGAAGAACAAGACUCUUUAUAUAUUUUUCUACAUCAGUGCUCUAUGGACGGGAGCAGGUAUCGAAGAAGAGCAAGGGGAAAUUCGAGAUAGACUUGUUGCUGACAGUAAAGCGCUUGUGAAUGAAAUGGCGGAUCUUGCUGUUCAUCUAUUUGCACUUUACGACCGGACCCUUUUGAUGGACUUUCUCAAAUCUUCAACCCACUACACUUUUGAGAAGGCAACUCACGAGUGCGAGGCUGUUGAUUAUAUUCCUGAACUGGUCUACUUAUACUCCAAGACCGGCGACGCAAAACGAGCGUUAUAUUUGAUUAUCGACCGUCUAAACGACGUCUCUCAAGCCAUCUCCUUUGCCAAAGAACAAAACGACAGCGACCUCUGGGAAGACCUCCUAAAAUACUCCAUGGACAAACCUCAAUUCAUCCGUGGCCUCCUCGAAGAAGUCGGCACCUCCAUCGACCCCGUCACCCUCGUCCGCCGCAUCCCCGAAGGUCUCGAAAUCGAAGGUCUCCGCGAAGGCCUCAGCCGCAUGAUCAAAGAACAUGAAAUCCAAUACAGCAUCAGUUCCGGCGUUGCUAAAGUUCUGCGUGGCGAGGUAGCCAUGGCGCAAAAUGCCCUCCGCUCUGGCCAGCGUAAAGGCGUCAAAUUCGAUGUCGUCCACAAGAAAAAUGAUCAUCUCGACAUCGAAACCUCAGACGCCCCACCCCUCCCUGAACCACUCGUCACAACCACAGAAAUCUCCACGCCUCGCCAUCGACCAAGUCCGCAACCAGGCCACUGCGUCGGCUGCGCCGAGUCCUUCUCCGAUCACGAAGUCGAGACGCUGGUAGGCUUUGCGUGCGGCCAUGUUUUCCAUCUUAGUCACUUACUGAGCUAUAAUGAUGGUGGGGAGGGGAUGCGGCCGACGACGCCGCCGGAUGUGGAGUUAGAUGAGAAUGGCGAGUGGGCGGCCAUGCAUAGUGUUGGGGCGAAGGUGACGCAUGCGAGGCUUUUGAGGGAUCGGAUUAGAGAUGGGUGUCCGGUUUGUGUUACUGUUGUUUGGGUGUGA